UCAAAACCAGGAUGUUUGCAUCAAGCUUAUCUCAUUGAAAUUUGAACUUUGGAACCAUCUACCACCCCUUUAUUCUCUUUCUCCCAGUCUCUUCGACCUUCUCUUUCUUCCGUCACUUCUUCGACCUCUGUUUUCUUUCUUCUUUCUCCUCAUACUGCAAUCCUCAUCUCCUUCACUUGGCUUACAACUCUGAUUUUCACGAUUCACGAUUCACGAUUCACGAACCUCAAGAUCUACAGAUCCGAGGCAACCUGUAUAUACAUAUUUCUUCUUUCAUAGCCGGAUUUUAUUUCUGCAAUCAUUUGCCGCCUCCAAAUUCCGACGAUCGGAGUUUUCAAUACCGACCGAAACCGACUGUUGAGCUCGGUAUUAUACCAACACUAGCAAUUGCAUACCAGUCUCUCCGUCCCUUUUCACUUCUCUGUACAACACCACAGUUCAGUUUCUUUGCAGGGAAACCUCAUGGAUUUACCCAAUACUAAAGUCCGAUUAGUCAGAUGUCCUAAAUGUCGGCUGCUUCUACCAGAGUUGCCGGAUUCUCAGGUUUUCCAGUGUGGUGGAUGUGGUGCUAUUCUCCAAGCAAAAAAUCGAGUAAGAAAUGAGAAAAGAAGUGAGGGCUUAACCAUUGAAUCAGCUCCAGUGAAUCAAUUAUUAGAUCAUUUUUCUCGAGAUUCAGAAAUGGUCAGCUCAGAUGUGGCCUGGUUCUCUCGAAAAGCUGAUGCUUCUCUUCCUUCAUCAGCUGAACCAUCAUCAGCAGCUGGUCGGUGGAAGUAUGACGUGUAUUUGAGUUUCAGGGGUGUAGAUACUCGAAGGGGUUUUACAUCCCAUUUAUACGAUCGGCUGCAGAGGAGUGGAAUUAAAACAUUCAUGGAUGAUCAAGAUCUUCAAGUAGGGGAUGAUGUUUCUCCCACUCUCCUAAAGGCAAUUGAAGGAUCAAGGUUCGCAAUUGUUGUUCUGUCCCAAAAUUAUGCUUCUUCUGCUUGGUGUUUGGAUGAACUUACAAAGAUUUGUCAGUUCAUGGAGGACGGCCCUAGAAUUCUUCCAGUUUUUUAUGAGGUUGACCCUAGUCAUGUAAGAAAACAAAAGGGGAGUUUUGAGGAUGCUUUAGCCAAGCAUGAAAGGUCUGGGCGAUACGAAUCGAAGAAGGUCCAGCAGUGGAGAGAUGCUUUAAGAAAAGUGGCCGACUUUGCUGGGUUUGAUACACAGAAUUACAGGACUGAUAUAGAUCUUCUCGAACACAUUGUGGAAAUUGUGUGCAGUAAAGUACAAUCUGUUUUGGAAAUCGAAAAAGUACAACCUAUUGAAAUCAACACAGGAGGUUUUGAAUUAUUUGAACCAACAAGAAAAGCCAUGGAUGACGUUAUGGAGGCGCUAAAAGAUGACGAGGUCACUGCCGUUGGUGUCUACGGCAUGGCAGGCGUUGGAAAGACAGCCAUGGUAAAACAUGUCGGUGCACAUGCCCGAAAAAGUGGAAUUUUUCAUCAUGUGAUUAUCGGUGAUGUAUCCCAAAGCCCUGACUUGGAAACAAUUCAAGGCACAUUGGCAGGGCUGCUGGGCUACAAAUUACAUGAGAAGACAGAAAUUGGCAGAGCAGCUAGAUUGAGUGAGGAGAUAAAGAGAAGGGGAAAGAUCUUUAUAAUCCUGGACGACAUUUGGGAGAGAAUGGAUUUGUCAGACAUAGGAAUACCUAGCUAUAAGGAGCUUCAAAAGUGCAAUUCCAAAGUCCUACUCACCACACGGAGAGAGAAUGUGUGUCAUGAGAUGAGAUGCCAAGCAAUUAUUCAUCUCAAUAUCUUAUCAGAACAAGAUUCUUGGUCCUUGUUUGUGAAAACGGCAAGAAUAGACUCUGAAUCGAUCGUUUUCUAUGAUGUAGCGAGGGAGGUGGUUAGUAAAUGUGCUGGUCUACCGAUUGCAUUGAUAACAGUUGCAAGGGCACUUGGAGGUAAAGAACUAGUGGAAUGGAAAAGAGCAGCUCGAGCACUAGAGAAGUCGCAAUCUGCCAACCCUGAACAUGAAGAAGAGGCAUUCAGAUGUAUAAAAUUAAGCUAUGAUUACUUGAAAGAUGAAGAUACCAAGUCAUGCUUCUUGCUUUGUUGCCUAUUUCCUGAAGACUAUGACAUCCCAAUAGGAGACUUGUUCAAGUAUGCAAUCGGGAAAGGAUUGUUUCGGGAUGCCGAGACAAUCCAAGAAGCUAGAGCAUCAGCUGAUUCAGCUGUAAGGUACCUGAAACAUUUUAGCUUGCUUUUGGAUAGUGAGAAAAAGGGGUGUGUAAGGAUGCAUGAUGUCAUUCGGGAUGCUGCCCUGAAUAUUGCAAAAUCUGAAGACGGGCAUGGGUUUUUGGUAAAAGCUGGCUGUGGUUUAAAAAGCUGGCAACAUCAAUUACAUGAAGGCUACUCUGCAAUCUCAUUAAUGAACAAUGAUAUCCACAAGCUGCCCGGAGAGCUGGUAUGUCCAAAACUCCAGAUUUUAUUACUACAGCAGAAUGCUGAUUUAAAUGAGAUGCCAGGAACUUUUUUCCAAAGUCCUAAUGAAUUAAGGGUCUUAGACCUUAGCCUCACCAGCAUUACAGAACUUCCUCAAUCAUUCAGUCUCCUAAUGAACCUCCAAGCUUUAUAUCUAGAUUUUUGCCAGAGACUGAUUGACUUUUCCUUAAUUGGAAAACUAAAGAAGCUUGAGAUUCUUAGUAUGAGAGGAAAUGUUUUGAAAGAAUUGUCGAGAGAAAUAGGGAAUCUGAUCAAUCUAAGGAUGCUGGACAUUACUGAUGGAAUUAUUAGCAAAAUUCCAUCAAAAGUGAUAUCGCAGUUGCAUAGAUUAGAAGAACUGUACAUGCCAUUUCGAUUUGGGAAUUGGGUCAGUAAGGUUGAAGGAGAAGGAGAAGAAACCAAUAUUGGCUUUGGUGAGGUAACUGGCUUAACAUGUCUAAAUAUUUUGAAGGUUUCCCUACCUGCAAAAUGCAUCCCUGAAGAGCUUGAGUUUUAUCCCAAUUGGUUGUUCUUUGAUAUUUGUAUUAGUGGGGACACAAGCAGCAGAGACAUUAAGAGAGACAUAAGUAAUCAAGGCUUUCAACACAGUCAUAAAGAUUCAAGAUCCUUGAGUCUUGACACAAGAAUUAGUGCCUUACCAGCUUGGUUUGUCCAUGAGGUAACAGUCAAGACAGAGAAGCUACUGUACGUAAACUGCAAAUGGUUAAAUAACAUUCUUGUUGAAUAUCACCAUGGGAGGUUACAUAUGCUGAAACAUCUCUCUAUUAUUGGUCCCAGUGAGAGCUUGGAAGAGCUGAUGAAUGCUAUAACAUGGGUUCCAGUUAAACCCGUGUUCGAGAACUUGGAAGAGUUGCAUUUGGAGUGUGUGACUUCUUUGAAAGAGUUAUGUGUUGGAAAAUUACCACCUGGGUCUCUAUACAAUCUGAAGUUAUUGAAGGUCCAUUAUUGUCCUAACUUGGGGAAUAUUCUUUUACCAUCAAAAUUGUUACAUAGAUUGCCAAAUCUGGAGAACAUAAUCUGUAGGGAUAUGUCUAGACUGGAACACGUGUUUGGAUGUCAAGGGUUUGAGCCAGAGCAAUCAAAACUGAGAGAGAUGACCUUUAUCAAUCUACCUGCUAUAAGAAACAUAUGUAACGGUCCAGCUCCACGUGCAAUGUUCCAAGCUCUUAAAAGUUUGUUCAUUUAUCAUUGCAACUUUCUAGGAUGUCUCUUCUCGUUUGAUACUGCUCAAGUUCUUUUUCAAUUGGAAGACUUUUUUGUAGACAGUUGCCCUUUAUUGGAAAGACUAAUUGAAGUACGCACGGAAAGAGUGAACAACAAGAAGAUCAUUCUUCCAAAAUUGAAGAACUUGGGUUUAGAGAAACUUCCUAUAUUGUACAGUGGAGGUGCUACUAUUGAUAUCGAGUGUCCUUCCUUGGAACACUUGUAUGUGAAGGAGUGCCCCCAGUUUACGGCCUCUGCUUCUGACUUCCAGAGCAAGAACCAAGUCCAAGUCAACGAUAAAUUACAUUACUUUGGUCUACUUGGCAGAAGGACUGAAGGACAACAUAUUGAAGCCAUUGCGGAAUCUGUGUUCAGUACAUUACGACCUAUUGAAACUGAGUUUACAAUGCCCAUGGGAGAUUUUCAAGCAUUUGAAGCAACAAGACAGGCCAUGAAUAAGGUUAUGAAGGCACUAGAAGCUGAUGAGGUCACAGCCAUUGGGGUCUACGGAAUGGGAGGAGUUGGAAAAUCAACCAUGGUUGAACAUGUUUGUGCAGAAGUUCGGGAUAAUGGGAUGUUUCAUCAGGUGAUUUCAGCUGUUGUAUCCCAAAACCCUGACUUGAGAAAAAUUCAAGGCACAUUGGCAGAUAUGUUGGGCUUUAUAUUUGAGGAGGAGACAGAAAUUGGAAGAGCUCGUAGAUUGAUGCAGAGGAUAAGGAGAGGAAAUAGGAUCCUUGUAAUCUUGGACAACAUUUGGGAGAGAACAGAUUUGUCAAACAUAGGAAUUCCCAGCUACUACGAGCUUCAAAGAUGCAAUUCCAAAGUCCUACUCAUCACAAGGACACAGAAUGUCUGUCGUGCCAUGGAAUGCCAAUCAAACAUUUCUCUUGAUGUCUUAUCAGAAGAAGAUUCUUGGACCUUAUUUGUGAACAAAGCAAGAACGUCUUUUGAAUCGACCAGUUUGUGUGAUGUUGCAAAGAAGGUAGCUAGAGCAUGUGCUGGUCUUCCAGUUGCGUUGAUAGCAGUUGCGAAGGCACUUGGUGAUAAGUGUUUGGAUGACUGGAAGGAAGCGGCUCGACGACUAGAGGCUUCUCAACCUGCCAGCCUUGAAGAUGGGAAAGUUGUGUUCAAUUGUAUAAAAUUAAGCUAUGAUUACUUGAUAUCUGAUGAUGCCAGGUCAUGCUUCUUGCUUUGUUGCCUCUUCCCAGAAGACUAUGAUAUCCAAAUUGAAGAGUUGUUAAAGUAUGGGAUGGGGAAAGGGUUGUUUCAAGAUUCCUGCACAAUGCAAGAUGCCAGAGUAACUGCACAUUUGGUGGUCAAGUACCUUAUAGAUUGUAGCUUGCUUUUGGAAACUGAACAGGACGGAUGUGUAAAGAUCCAUGAUGUCAUUCGGGAUGUGGCCAUAAGGAUUUCGUUGUCUGAGGAUGGCCCACUGUUUUUUGUACAAGCUGGUUGUCAAUUAAAGGAAUGGCCAAGUAUUAGUGCACAUGAAGGCUACUCUGCUAUUUCACUAAUUAUGAAUAAAAUUUGGAAGCUUCCUGAAGAGUUGGUAUGUCCGAAACUCCUUAUUUUGUUUCUGCAAAGUAAUGUUUGGUUGAAUGAGAUCCCAGAAUAUUUCUUUCAAAGUCUGAAUGUGUUGAGGGUAUUAGAUCUAAGCCGAACCAGAAUUUCUUUUCUACCCACAUCAUUCAAUAUCUUGAUCAACCUCCAGACCUUGUAUCUAGAUGGUUGCUUGUCAACCAUAGAUAACAUAUCCAUACUCGGAAAAUUGAAAAAACUUGAGAUUCUUAGUAUGAGAGAACUUCCUCUUGUGGAACUGCCAAAAGAAAUCGGAGAUUUGAGCCAUCUAAGGAUGUUAGACAUCACUGGUGAUUAUGUUGAUAAUGUUCCGUCUGAAGUGAUAUGCAACCUUAAUUUGUUAGAGGAACUAUACAUGCAGUGUAAUUUUGCAGACUGGGGGAGUAAAGUUGAGGGAGCAGGAGAAGAAAAUAUUGUUGCGUUUGAUGAGUUAACUGGCUUGUCAUGUCUAAAUGUUUUGAAGGUUUUCAUAUCUGAUGCUAAAUGUUUGCCUAAAGAUGUGGAGGUUGAACCAAAUUGGGUAAACUUUGAUAUUUGUAUCAGCAGAGACCCAUCCAUCAGAAAAGUGUCGUUGGUUUCAAGUUCUUCACCCGCUUUUACAAGAGCCUUGACUCUUGAUACAACCAUCAAUGCCUUACCAGGUUGGUUUAUCAAUGCGGUGACAAUGAAAGCAGAGAAACUGCAGUAUAUAAUGUGUUGGGGAUUAGAUAACAUUCUUGUAGAAUAUGACUGUGGGAGAUUACAUGCACUGAAGUAUUUAUCUGUUAUUGGCCCCAAUGAGAACUUGAAAAUGUUGAUGAACACAAUAACACGCUUUUGGAAUGAACCAGUGUUUCAGAACUUGGAAGAGUUGCAUCUCGUUCAAGUGGAUUGCCUGAAGGAGUUAUGUGUUGGUGAAUUGCCACCUGGGUCUCUAUGCAAUCUUAGGUUACUGAAGGUGAAACAUUGCUAUGAAUUGGUGGAUGCACUCCUACCGUCACGGUUGCUGCAGAGAUUACAAAAUCUGGAAGAACUGAUUUGUGAAGAGAUAGAUGAAUUGGAAUAUGUUUUUGGAUGUGAAGGGCUUGAGCCAGAACAAAUGAUAUUGACACAAUUGAUAGAAAUGAGAUUGGAGAAUCUAGGGAAACUAAUAAAGAUAUGGAAUGGUCCUGCUCAUUGUGCAAUCUUCCAGAAUCUUCAGAGUUUGGUAGUUUCCAGGUGCUUUGAAUUGGAAAAUCUCUUCACAGCUGAUGUAGCUCAAUGUCUUUUGCACUUGGAAGAUCUUUCAGUGGAGCUUUGCCCAAUGUUGGACAACAUUAUUGAAGCAAGUAAGGACACAGUGGACAACAAGAUUGUUUUUCCAGAAUUGAAGAACUUAACUUUGAUAAAGCUUCCACAACUCACAAGGUUCUGCAGCAGUACAGGCAGUGCUAUUGAGUGCCCUUUACUGGAAUACUUGUAUGUGGAGAGGUGCCCCCAGUUUUCAACGUCUGACUUCCAUAGCAGGAACAAAGUCGAACCCAAACAUCCACAACAUUUGGACAUUGUACUGAGAAGGGCCAGAGCAGAGAAAAGAAGAAAAAUCAAAUUCCCAGAGGUCGUCCAAGAAGACAGUAAGUAGCAGCUUGAGGAGGAGGAGGAGGAGGAGGAGAGAGUUAGGACCCCAUGGUCCUGCUGAAGACAAUUUAGAGGGAAUCAGCAAUACUCCUGAAAUAUGCAUGUAAUGACAAAAGUGAACAUUGGCUCUGCAACUAAGAACUACGGCAUCAACGGGCAUGGUGUUAGACAUGCCCUUUUUGGCUGUAUGUGGGUACAGAAUAAGUGUAAUUUUUCCCCUCGGUUUUUUACAUAUGCUUUUGUUAAUGAUGCAAGUCCAA